AACUUAUGCUUGAGUAAUUUUUAUUACCCCAAAUGUUGAAAUUUCAAUCAAUAAUAAAUACAUUGUUCGACCAAUCAUUUUGCUCCACAUUGUCGGAUUAUGAGAUAAAACCCCGAGUCUUCCCAAUUUUGAGGUUAUGUAAAGUUCUUUGAGCCGAGUCAGACGCGAUGUAUUUACCUCAAAUUUGCCUAAUUUUCACACUUUGCGUCCUUUCUAGCGUCCUUGCAGUCACAGAAGAGGAUGAGGGCGUAAAAUACGCCAACAGAUGUGAAGUUUGCAAAAUAUUAGCAGUAGAAUUGGAAAGCCGGCUCGAGGAGACUGGUAAAACGCACGACGUGAUCGAAACCGGCUACGAAGUCGAUGACGUCAAACCGAAAAAAAAGAAAGACUACAAGAAAUCAGAGUUGAGACUAGUGGAGUCUUUGGAGGGUGUCUGCGAACGGAUUUUGGAGUACAACAUCCAUAAAGAGCGUGAGGAUAGUACCAGAUUUGCGAAAGGGAUGAGUCAGACAUUUCAGACCCUUCAUGGGUUGGUCGACAAGGGGGUUAAAGUCGAAUUGGGGAUCCCCUACGAGCUUUGGGACAAGCCCAGUGUCGAGGUCACAAACAUGAAGACGCAAUGCGAGACUCUGCUAGAGCAGAACGAGGGGGAUAUCGAAGAGUGGUAUUUCAACCACCAAGGGAAGCAAAGUCUCAAAAAAUAUUUAUGUGAAGACAGGGCGUUGAGAAAUGAAGACACUUCGUGUCUGAAUGAAGUCUUCAAGGGUGAUAAAGGGGACCGAAAGUCGAAAAAAGAUGAAUUGUGAUAAUAUACCUAAUUAUGCUCUCUUUAGUUUUUAAUAAAACACUCGAAUGAG